AUGGAACCCUGUGAAGUCUGUCUUGGUUUAUCCGUGGGAAAUGAGUUGGAAAAUGAUCGCUGGGAGCUUGUGGUCAGGGCCGACAACACAAUUGAGCACUCGCUUGACUUCGAAUCCACGCAAAUGAGUACCGCAGCCGAGUCAGCAUGUGUUACUUGCUCCAUCCUAUCGAAUGGCAUUUCAUUGAUGAGCUGCAAUUCUUCUCUUUUCGAUAACUCCCAGGCGUACCGUGGGAGACUCGUAGUGCAACGCCGCUCCCCGCUAGAGAUCGAGAUUCUCGACAAAGAACAGAAAGGGUACGCACGUCGGGCAACUGCACGAGCCAGAAUUCAGAUUUAUGCGCUCCCUGGUAUGCCAUCUACAUAUAUACCUAGGUACAAAUUCUGGUAUGUCCACUACUUGGUCAACUAAUUGUAUUACUACCUUGCAGAAAACAAGAGCACACCACUAGCAUUCUGGACCUCUAGACACAUCCCACGCGAACCCACGAUCGAGUAUUACUCUUCUAUCGUCUUCGACUGGAUCACGAACUGUCGUGCUAAUCAUGGAGCUUGUGCACAAGCUUCUGCUUCGGAAACGAACGCUCGCGUGAACGACCUCCCGAAACGCUUGUUGGAUCUCAAGCUUAAGCAUUCGCCAUCACAUGGAGACUCUGUGAGGUUGGUUCAAACUGGGUGUUAUACAGCUCAGCAGCCUUUCCGUUACGCUACAUUGAGCCACUGCUGGGGCAAGAGCCAUGUCAUUCAGACAACCACAAGUAACAUGGCACUUCGAAUGCAAAGUAUUGAUUGGAAUGAUCUUCCAAAGACUUUCCAAGACGCCAUCACUCUUCUUCGUGCAUUGGAUAUCCGCUACCUUUGGAUCGACUCUUUGUGCAUCAUCCAGGAUGACCCCCUUCGAUUGGGCGGCUGAAUCAGUGCGCAUGGCCGCCAUCUAAUCGAACAGCUUCGUCAAUAUCGCAGCAACCGGGUCAUUUGAUAGUCGCGGUGGUUGUUUCUAUCCUAGGAUACUCAAACACACCGUACCUACUUCCGAAAUCCAGUCUUUCCCCAUAAGAAUUCCAGAGAAUUCCCAAACACAGACUCUGUACGUGAGGCAUUCUCUCGAGCAUGUCCACCAAAGUUACAGUGCCUAUAAAAGCCCUGAAUAUGACCCCCCAGAUUCGCAAAUCGUACCACUUCUAUCCCGAGCAUGGGUCUUUCAGGAACGCUUCCUCGCCCCACGAACUAUCCACUUCCAUCCCUCCGAAAUGAUCAUGGAGUGCAAGACCUCUCUCCGCUGCGAAUGCUCCGGCCUCGAUAAAGUCACGACACAGAACAUCUGGCGCUCUUUAAUCUUCGCUGAGCGCGAUCAAGUAGCUAUACUAACAGCCUGGCUCAAUAUCGUCGAAGAAUAUUCCACCUUACGUCUUACCCGAGAAUCGGAUAGGCUACCAGCACUUCAUGGGGUCGCAACCGUCUUCCAAGAUAAGCUGGGAUGUGGAUAUCUUUCAGGAAUCUGGCAAAGCGAUAUUGCGCGUGGAGUUCUGUGGAAGGUGACAGACACGAAGUUGCGAUCUGGAAGGAGCGCUGAAUGAAAUCACUCUGAGCCUUCCUGGUCUUGGGCUUCGCAGAUACUCGAUGCUGAGGAAUCGAGACUCUCUUUUAUCACUAAACAUGACGAUACAUUUCAGGCCGACGAACGGUUUGGUUUGGCCGGUACAAAUAUUCCACUGGGACCUUUAGAGUCCACCCUUGUUAAUCCAACCACCAAAUCCAUUUCGCUUCAUGGUGCAUUUGUGACAACCACCAUGCAUCCUUAUGAUCUAGCAAACAGAAAAUGGGAUGAUCUACUUCUUAUUUUCGAACAGGAUAUAGACGAUGCUGUUGUCAUCACUACCGCGGAGAUGAAUAUAGACUGUCCUUGGAAAUCAUCAACAGGAUGUGCUUUGGCCGCAGGCAGUAUAGCUUACUGCUUACUAGUUGGUCACAGUCGCAGGAUGGAUUUAGAGUCCCGCCGAGAGUUCGAUAACCAGAAUAUAGUUGUUCUACUGCCCAACCUCUGA